UUUCACAACAAUAUGACAUAAUUUAUAUUAUAAAUAUUUACACGUUGGUUAACAUUUAUUUUGUUAUAUAGACUUGAACAAAAAAACUGGUUAGUAACGAUUUAGAUUUCAUAAGUAUUUUACUCAAUUAAUAUUGUUUUACAAUUCUAUAGGCAGACUCUUGAUUUAACUGUGGUUCCUGUAAUGAAGAAGGGAUAAAUUAUCAGUUGACAAUGCCACAUACAAAUAAUUUUCACCAGAAAGAUGGGGGCGAUAAAGAAGAUAAGUAUGCAGGACGUCUCAGUAAACGGUUGUGUUAUAUCCUAAGAUAUGGUGCAAUAAAAGAAGGACUGACUGUUCAUAAAGAAGGUUUUGUGGAUGUGAAUGAAGUAUUGGAAAUGAACAUGAUGCGACAUCACACUUUAGAGGAAGUUCUGCAGGAAGUUGACACUUCACUUAGUCACAGACAUACAAAAAGAUUCGAAAGCAAAACAUUCAAUGGAAAGACACUCAUAAGGGCUCUGUUCUGUCGAAACUUUGAACCAAGUCCGUACCAUGAAGGAACAAGUGUUAAAACAUUUCAACAGAUCUGUAUAGAUUAUAUACUUGAUAAUCUAGAUGAUUAUGAUCUUGAGGACUUUCCAGAUGAACACAUAAUCAGUACAAUGAUAUCCCAGCUGAAGAGAAAAAAGAAAUUGAAUGUGAAAGUGUUACGUCAACUUUUAGUGCCUGUGUUAGAACAUUUGGACCUAGACAGUGUAUAUCUUACACAAACUAUACUGAAAACAAUGUGGACAAACUGCCCAAAUCUGAGAGUAUUGAGUCUGAAAGAUUGUGGAUAUAUUGUUACAGAUAGUGUUGUAGAAACUAUACUCAGGAAAUUGACCAAAUUAGAGGCACUGAAUUUGGCUGCAUGUAAACAUUUAACAGAUAAAUCGGUGAAAGCUAUGUGCCAGUUUGGUAAAAAUCUACAGCAACUUAACUUAAGCUGGAUUAAAACUAUAUCUAACGGUGCAAUACUAGACCUUGUAGUGAAUUUAGAGAAUCUCAGACACUUGGACAUAUAUGAUAUGCAAUUAACUGGAGAAAUAAGGGAGUUAGUGAUCGAAGGGGCAAGACAAAGGGAGAUAAAAAUUGUAUUAAAGGGUCUUCAAGAGUCAGACCCAGAUGUUACAAUUGAAAACCCUUCUAUGAUGUUACCAAACUUUGGGAAAACCUGGUAGAUGUUCACAUAAACAUUGUAGUUUUAUUCCAGUAUUACCUCAAAGUUUUUUUAAAUGAGCCAGAUGUUAUUGUGUAUACAUGAAUGUGAACGGUAAUGGAUGAAAGAAAUAAUAUUGCUACUUAUUUUUUUAAAAAUAUGUAUAUAAAUAAUAACUAUAUAAAUUCCAAAUAAUAACUAUAUUUAUUCCGUUAUUUUUAACUUACAAUGUACUAAAAUUUAUUGCUUUUGUUGUGUUAGAGAUAUAUUUUUUGUCCUUUUUUAUAUACAUGUACAUGUGAUAUUGAUGAUGCAUAUCAUUUUGUAUGCUACAAUAAAAUAUAAAAACAAGCAAA